GCUAAAACUUUGUUGUGAAUACGGAAAAUGAAACUAUACUUUCAAAUCAUGUGGUUCAUCAUAUUGUCGUCUGUUACACAAAUAGCAUUCGCCCGGGACUACUCAUCCCGCAGGGAUCUGCGGAGAGCGGCGCGACACACGCGCUCCAAGCGCCUGCUGUCCCAUGACAGCAAAGUCGCCGACGACAGAGAACAUUAUCAGGAGGGUGGGGAGAGGAGCGAGACCAGUUGUGGCGCGCCGCGGCCCAAGAGCAAAAGGGUUAACUCCAAAUCCCACGGCACCGGCAUCGCAAUAAAAGCGGCCUUGGAGGCGAAGCAGGCCAAUGACGAAAUGGCAACUGCGGUGAAGGUGGCAUCCGAUCGAAUCAAGCACGAGUAUGCGGACAAGGCGGCGGCAGCUGCCAAGGCGGCGGAGGCAGUGCUGGCCGGGAAGCAGCAGGUGCUCGAGCAGCUGGAGAUGGAGGUGCGCGAGGCUGAGAUCAUUGUGCAAGAGGAGACGCAAGAGCUGAGCUCAGCGGAGGCCAACAGCCAGCUGGCACUCAAAGCACAUCGACAGGCCCAGGAGGAGAUGAAGCUGCUCGUCGCCGCCCUAAAGCUGUCCAGAGAGAACCUCGAAAGCGCCGAGCAGGUCUCCGCGGCCUGCCAGCAGUCCCUGAUAGAUAAGACCAGCCUUCUGGAUGCCGCCCAGAAACGCGUUGGCGUCCUGCUCCGCCAGCUGAGCGAAGCCCGCAACGACUUCGCCAUGACCAAGAAGGCUGCCUACAGGGCAUUGUGUGCGUCCAACGAGGCCAAGCAACGGGUUGAUCGCGUCCCAGGCUGUUCUAAGUAGAGAAUAGUGUAUCAACAUGUUUUUAUUUCCUUAAUCCACAUUCAUUUACAUAUAUAUAAAUAUAUUUUUUACUAAUCGA